CUCUUUGAUUAUGAAAUGCGCAUGUUCGAAUUACCGGAUGUCAAUGAUGGCGUUUCCGUUUACAACUGGGCAAAGGGGCAACGUGGCUAGAAUUUACUUGCCUUACACUACUAUAUAAUUUUAACGCUUUUAGCUACAAAAUUUUUAUUUCAUGAGCAAAAGACGUUGCAGUGUGGUCAGUAAAGUGAGAAGUAGACAAGCAAUCCAGAGGCUUUUUUUUUUUAUUAAAUUGUGAACUGACAUAAUCUCAUUGUUACCAGUAUGGUUGUGCUGGAUGGCAAAGAGGGGGUGGCAGCUGCCUCUUCACAGUCCAGCGUAAUAAUCAGGUUCUUCAAAAGGAUAAGUGAGCUUCAGCAACUUUAUUUGGAUAAGGCCACACCCACAACAAUUGGACGAUGGGUCUUUACAUUUUUGCUGAGCCUUGCCUAUUUACUUCGAGUUUACUUUUUGCAGGGCUGGUAUAUAGUUACAUAUGCUCUUGGUAUAUACCUGCUGAACCUGUUUAUUGCAUUCCUGACCCCCAAAAUUGACCCAGCUAUGUUGGAUGACAGUGAAGAAGAUGGUCCAUCAUUACCUACAAGAUCUAAUGAAGAAUUUCGUCCAUUCAUGCGACGGCUACCAGAAUUUAAAUUUUGGUACUCGGCAACUAAAGCAGUCGUAAUAGCCAUGAUUUGCACAUUUUUUGAGGCACUUAACAUACCGGUAUUUUGGCCUAUUCUGGUCAUGUACUUCAUCAUCCUCUUCACAAUUACUAUGAAGCGACAGAUUAAGCAUAUGAUCAAGUACCGCUAUCUACCAUUCUCCCAUGGUAAAGCCCGGUACAAGGGCAAGGAUGACUCUGGCAAAGUUGUACCAUCCUAGGCCUAAUGUCUCAACAGUGCAAGAAGACUUUGCAUUCAUUGUUGAGGAGUGGACCUUUUAAAAGAGCCAUGAAAAUUUGCUUAAAAGUCACGAGCCUUCAAUUUUUAUUUUUAAGGAGUUUUUUUUUUUUUUAAUUGCUGAUACUCCAUGUUCUGUUUAUGUGCUGUGCAUAAGAUGGUUUUCAAAUGUUAUUUUCAGGUCAUCCUCUUGGCAUUUAGAUAUGUGGUUAAUGGGAUAGUUGUUUCCAAUCUCCCUUGUUAUUUGUUCUGGUUUUCAUUCUACAAUUAUGGGAAUAGAGAACACAAGCUCUAAAGUGGUCUGAGAACUGUUUCCCAUCAAUGCAGUCUCUAAAUUUUAAACAUGUAAGAAGACAGUUAUCAACAUAAUAUGUGGAUUAAAGGUGGUGAUGCACGACCGCAGUUAAGUGCUUACCGAAAAAUGGGGAUUAAGGGUCAUAGAUUUUGAUCUCUUGCUCUGGCUCAUAUUAUAUUAUAGAUUUACCAGGUUUUAAUGGUUGGCUGCUACUUGAUGACUUAGUGAUAACCAGAAAAUCCCACAGUAUGUGCAUGCUUCUGCAGGCAUGUGCACCUGUCUUCAUUUACACUUUAUCUGCUUUGCUUGGUUAUAUUGUCACACACUUGUUUAGAACUUUAAUUCAGUCCUAACAUCAAGUCAUAGUUAUAGAAAAGAUUACUCUUAUUUUAAAUAAUCAGGAAUAAUGGGUAAGUGGUUCCAUGGUUAUGAAAGUGUAAGGGCAAAAAUGUUUUUGUGUUGACGAUGUGUACUUGGGGUGAAUCAGAAUGUUAGCAACCAGUUUUGCAGGCCCAUGCUCAUAUUAAGCAUAUUGUUUUCAUUAUCAUCAGCAUUCUACCAAGUGAGCAUGGAUUUGGAUGUAUGCUGUGGGGCUUUGAAUUUCAUAGGCUCUAAUUUCAUGGUGUAGUAUUGUAUGGUAAAGCAUAACUUAUCAUUUAUGGCAGUAAAAAAUUGCCUUGCCUGAAAUCAUCAGUCCCUCUGAAGUUAAUGUUUUGAAAUUCGUAGUAGUGUUCAUGCACUUUCCCUUCUUUGUUCUGACAGUUUUAGCUUAAAUUCCUAGACUUUGGCAUGGCUGUGAGUUUGGAGGAAAUCAAAUGGGAUUAAGAAAUUUUCAGUGUGAUAAGCAGCUCCUUUCAUCUUGUCAGUUUGAUGUUUGAUGACAAGGAUGCUGUUCUUUGAUGGCAGUACUCCCCUCUCAGUUGCUUCUAAGCUUCCAUGCAAAUAAAAUAAUUAGCCAGAGGGUCUUUUGUAUCCUUUCAGGAUUUGUUUCUUCUUAAGUGAAAAACUUCCUGUUAAUAUUAUAGCAUUAUUAUUUAGCUGAGGCUAUAUAGUAUAUUUUGACUCAUUCUUGCAAGUGGCUGCACUUGCUCAAUGUGGGCAACCAGGGGCAAUAUUUCCACUUCAUUGGUCCUUUUUCUGUGUUACAAAUGAGGAUGUCUGCAUGCUUGAGUUUUCAAAUAUGUGUGUGUGUGUAUAUAUAUAUUAAGUGAUUUGUACUAUAUAAGCGUAAAUAUCUGUACACUUUAAUAUAGCUUUAGUAAGGCUGCUUGGAAUAAAAGCAAAUGGACCCUAGAUCCACAUUUGUCUGUUGUUACUUUAAAAAUAAAAUGCACGUGUGAAAAAGAAAACUGUCCUAGAUAUGAAUCACUGGAUAUUUCAGUUGGUUCUUAAUCAGUAGUUGUGUUUCACAGAGUUAGACGUUUGUCCUAGAAUAAAUGCUUUUAAUGUGGCUGUUGAAGCAGGUUAAUUGUUGUUGCUAUUUUACACUAAUCCAAACACCAAUUGUCACAUUUUAAAAACAUCUCUAAGUAGCUGUUAACCUACCAUUGAUGAAAAGUUUGUAAUAAUACAAUGCUUGGACAGAUAAAUAAUUGGUUAUAGUUCUUCAUGGUUUUUGUUCGUGUUUAGAGAUAGAAGCCUUUAUUUCUUUUUUAAAUUUUAGACAUCUCCCAUUACAGGUGCUGAAACGUGUCAAAAAUGUAAAUCAUUCUCUCUACAAACUUAUAUGCAGCCCAUAUAUGUAAUCAGUAUAGUGACACUAUUAAACUUGAGCAUUGAACUUUGCCAGUCAAUAUUCUCAACACUGUCCUUUUUGAAAAUAAUGUAUGAUCCUAUAAGCGAUUAUUAGAAUGUGGGCUUUUAUUAUCCUACAGUCCUGAAAGAUGUUAAAACCACUGCUGGCACAAAGUAACUUAAAAUGCAUGUUUGUGAUUUUUUUUUUUAUAGUUUGAAUUGCCUCUGAUUUUCUAAAGUUUGAUUAUCUUUCAAAAAAAUAUAUUAUCCCAUCAGUAAAUAUUUUGUGCAUAUUGUUUAUUUUGUGCAUGUGUGCACUUGCAUUUGUGUUUUGCAGUUUUGUAUGCUGAUUACCAAAAUGUACGACCAUGCCAAGGAUUAUUGGCCAACAAUUUUAAAUGUAUUGUAGUGUGUUUCAGAGAAGUAUUUAUAUCAGAUUGAUAAGUGUUGGUUACAGUUACAUAUCAAAUGAAUGAGGGAGCUCUGACCUUGUUUGUAAAGGCUUACCUAAGGGUUGCUUUCACAUUCAGCAACACUAGGACUGCAUACACUCCAGGAGCAUACCAGUUGUUGCAAAUGUCAAACAAGUGUCAGAAUAGAUGUAAAGUUAACCUCCCCUUUGUUGUUUAAGGGAAUGCCAUUUGCUGAUUGACAAAAUAUUUUUCUUUUUGUGGAGGGACAGUUUUUUGUUAUAUGGAAAUAAUGAGUCAUAAUUCAUCUUGACAGUUUUAAAAUCAUUUAGUAAUAAAGCCACCAGAUUUCACUUUUUGUUAUCAGCAUUUCAGUACUUUUUAAGGGAUUUGGACAGCAAUUAUGUAGCUUAGUAAUUUGUUAAUGACUAAUUAUGUUUAGUCUCAAAUUGCCCCUAAUACUUUUGUCAAAAAAUUAUUUCUGCUAUGUCAAGAUUUGCAGCAUCAAUAUAUUACGUAUUCAUCAUGUCUGUUACUAAUGGGUUAAAUUUCUAUUCAGGCUAAAACAUUUCCUUGCCAAUUAAAGAUGAUUUUAUUAGAGAA